AUAUCAAUAUUUUAACAUCCCUAAAAAAUGCCGUCAUGAGCGGGUCGCGUCGCAGCAGAAUUUUCCCACCCACUGAAUAAUUAAUAAAGGUGUACAGUUAAGGUGCAAAGCAAACUCUUAAGAGAUUAAAAGUGGAGUUUUGUUUGUUUUCGUGUUUUUAAAUCCCCAAAAAGUGAAAUCCGUAUUGUUAUUGUGUUACGUCAAAUUAAAUUCGUGCAACAAUGUUAAAGUUUAUUCGUGGAAAGGGGCAACAGCCGACAGCAGAACGACAACGGCUGCAGAAGGAUCUCUUUGCAUAUCGUAAGACUGCGCAGCAUGGCUUUCCACACAAACCUUCAGCUCUGGCAUACGAUCCUGUUGCAAAGCUCAUGGCGAUUGGCACACAAACAGGUGCCAUAAAAGUAUUUGGUCAACCCGGAGUGGAGUUAUAUGCCCAGCAUACGUUGGUCAAUAAUUCGGCAGCGGAGCUCAAUGUUCAGUUGCUAGAGUGGGUUUACGGCACAGGCCGCAUACUUUCGUUGACAGCAGCAAAUCAGCUGAUCCUGUGGGAACCAGUAGGCACUACACUGGUACCAAUCAAAACAUUGCCGUUUGACGGAAAACUUAAGAAGGUCUCCUCGCUCUGCUGUUCUCUGAAUAAAGAUUUACUGUGGAUAGGAACGGAAGGCGGAAAUAUCUAUCAGCUCGAUUUAAAAUCUUUCACAAUACGAGAACCAGUCAUCUACCACGAUGUCGUUCUGGAGCAAGUGCCCCCGACUUACAAGCUCAAUCCAGGGGCAAUUGAGUCUAUUCGACAGCUUCCAAAUUCAUUGAAUAAACUCCUAAUUGCCUACAAUCGUGGCCUAUGCGUGCUUUGGGAUAUGGAAACAUCUGCCGUAGAGCGCGCAUACAUUGCACCGGGACAUGGACAAAGCGUGGGGCUUUCUGUUAAUUCAACUGGAACUGAAUUUAGCUGGUAUCAUGCGGACGGUUCGUACGCAACGUGGAGCAUAGAUAAUGGAGAACCGCCACAAAAUGUAAACUAUGUACCAUAUGGGCCCGAUCCUUGCAAGAGCAUUAAUCGCCUUUACAAGGGCCAGAGAGGCACCAACGACGUGAUCGUUUUUUCCGGCGGCAUGCCGCGUUCAGCGUAUGGGGAUCAUAAUUGCGUUUCAGUACAUGUCAGCGAUGGACACAAAGUAUGUCUCGACUUUACAUCUAAGGUUAUAGACUUUUUUGUUACGUACAAGGAGGGAAGUGACGACGUUGAAGUACUGAUUGUUUUGCUGGAAGAAGAGCUGUGCGCAUACGACCUGACCGACCCUAGUAUUUUGUCAAUCAAGGCUCCCUAUCUCCAUUCAGUGCAUGCGUCAGCUGUGACAUGCAACUAUCUUGCCUCUCAAGUCACCCAGGGAGUGUACGAACGUAUUUUACGAGCAGGAGAUGAACAAGAUAUCGACUACAGCAGUAUUGACUGGCCCAUCACCGGCGGCGUGUUGACCGACGAUUCAGUUGAAUCUGAUGAGGACGAAGUGGUGAAAGAUUACGAAAUACUUUUAACAGGUCACGAGGAUGGGUCGGUUAAAUUCUGGGAUUGUACUGGAGUCCUGCUUAAACCUAUAUACAAUUUUAAAACGGCAAGCAUUUUUGGGAACGAGCAUGAAUACCGGGAAGAUGGAGCUGCCGACAUAAGUGCAGAACAACUUGACGAAGGAGAACCACCAUUUCGUAAGGCUGGUUUGUUUGACCCUUACUCUGAUGACCCGCGAUUGGCCGUUAAAAAAAUAGCAUUUUGCCCCAAGACAGGCCAGUUAGUUGUGGGUGGAACUGCCGGCCAAAUUGUUAUUGCUGAUUUCGACACUGCUGCCGAGGAUCAAAGUUCUCUAAAGUAUAACUCUAUGAACUUGGUCAGCGACCGCGAUGGUUUCGUAUGGAAGGGACACGAUCAGCUCAAUGUUCGCGCCAAUUUGUUAGAGGACAAUGCAGUCCCAUUGACCGAAAAUGGGGUUAAUAUAACGGGAGUACUUCAAGUUCUUCCACCCGCAAGCAUCACUUGCAUGGCCCUGGAAGCUAAUUGGGGCCUUGUGUCCGGUGGAACAGCGCAUGGAUUAGUACUGUUUGACUUCAAAAACUUUGUUCCGGUGUUCCACCGCUGCACAUUAAAUCCAAAUGACCUAACUGGAGCUGGCGAGCAAUUGUCCCGUCGUAAGUCGUUCAAAAAAUCACUGCGAGAGUCAUUUCGAAAGCUCCGAAAGGGUCGAUCUACACGAAACAAUCCAACCAACCAGGUGCCCACUACGUUGGAAGCGCGUCCUGUUGAGAGGCAAAUAGAGGCACGUUGCACCGACGACGGCUUGGGAUCCAUGGUGCGAUGCCUACUGUUCGCUAAAACUUAUGUCACCAACGUCAACAUAACAUCGCCGACUUUGUGGUCAGCUACAAACGCUAGUACCGUUUCUGUUUUCCUCCUACACUUACCACCAGCGCAGACCGCCGCAACCACUGUACCACCCGCAAGUGGAAAUGUACCACCGCAGGCAUCCCGUCGUAUUUCUGCGCAGCUUGCAAAAGAGAUUCAGUUAAAACAUCGUGCUCCUGUUGUGGGAAUAUCUAUUUUUGAUCAGACAGGUAGCCCUGUCGAUCAAUUUAAUGCUGGAGAAAACGGUUCGCCUCCGCAUCGCCUACUGAUCGCCUCCGAAGAACAAUUCAAAGUAUUUUCGCUGCCGCAAUUAAAACCAAUAAAUAAGUACAAGUUAACGGCGAACGAAGGGGCUCGCAUACGUCGAAUUCACUUUGGAUCAUUUAGCUGUCGCAUAUCGCCGGAACUAUUGCAAAGUCUUCAUUCCGGCAGUCCAACCAAGUCCGUACGUUCCCAUGGCGAGGGCGAUGGCGCUGGAAAUGUGAGCGCUACGUCAGCUGCUGGACGCGGUGACUUGUACCAUGAGAUGGCGCUGAUUUGUCUGACUAACAUGGGAGAUAUUAUGGUUUUAUCAGUCCCUGAGCUAAAGAGACAACUGAAUGCUGCUGCCGUGCGACGUGAAGAUAUCAACGGCAUUUCUUCGCUCUGCUUCACCAAUGACGGAGAAGCUCUGUACAUGAUGUCCUCUUCAGAACUGCAGCGCAUCGCUCUCUCUACUUCUAAAGUGGUACAACCUACAGGCAUUGUGGAGGUUGAACCGUUAGAGAGUGAGGACAACGAGACCGCAUCGCUGGUGAACGACGGCAAUGAAAGCGAUAAGGAUGGCGAAGCAAAUAAAGAACUCGCAAAUACUGCCUCAGACACACAACCACCAGUGGCUACGCUACGCGCCAAACCGCUAGAGCUGAACGCUGAUAGAAGUAGUCUCCACCUAACUAACGGGAUUAGCAAUAGCAACUCACCCAACCGUGCCAAUGAGACUAUCACAAGCUCUAUAGGUGACAUCACCGUUGACUCUGUCCGCGACCAUUUAAAUACAACAACCACCACACUGUGUUCUACAACUACAGAGGAGACUGUUGGUCGAUUAUCUGUGCUUAGCACGCAAACGAACCAAGCCACUACUACCGUGAACAUGAAGGACAUUCCCGACAUUAACAUACCUAAUUUAAUGGACUUGGCAUCAAAGAGCAACACGACAGAGACGAGCACCAGUUCUGUAGUAAUAAAAUCGGUAAUUACGAGCAUAUCACACGAAAAGACAAACGGCGAGAGCGAAAACGUAACAACAAAAACCACAGCGCAUGAAGAAAGUCAGUUUUAA